GUUAUUAUUAUACGCUAGACAAGCGAGUAUGCAGUAUCAGUUUACAAAGCGUCAAGCAGGUGGCAAGUAUAAAACCUUUUAGUCAAUCCGAAAGAGGCACAAGAUGGAUACCGAGAAUGCCGCGGGGAUGAUCCAGAAAGCAGGGGAGGUGAUAAAACCAGUAGUACCGGAAGGAACGGUUGAAGAACUAUUAGAAAGAGUUUACGGAUUGAAGGUUUUAACGGUGGAAUCAAUAAAUGGUUACGAUGAUUGUAAUUAUGCUAUUACUGUGGAUGAGAAUUACGACAAUAAAUACAUCAAACAACUCUGGCCACAUGGUUAUCUCUUGAAGAUCAUUAAUAUUUUGGAUUCAAAACGACCCAAGAUGCACGAAGCUCAGUUUUUGUUGAUGGAUCAUCUGAGAAAAGGGGGAAUACCAACGCAAAAACCUGUACCAGAUAAAAAUGGAGAAUUGAUGAGUUGCCAGCAAAUCUAUAAAAACAAAGAUCAAAAUGGUAAUAUCGGUGAUUAUAAUCAACAUAUUGUUAAAUUAUUAACGUAUUUACCCGGCGAUAUAUUGUUGAAUUACCCCUUUACACCCAAUCUUCUAUAUAAAAACGGACAAUUUGUCGCCCAAGUGACCAACGCCUUUCGGGGAUUCCAGAACGAUUUCUUUAAAACUUUUGACUGCAGAUGGGGUCUUGGAAAUAUGCCGUUAUUAAAAGAUUAUGUGUUCGUAUUAAAACCAGAAGAUAGGAAGCUUGUAAAUGAAGUAAUUGAAGCCUUUAAAAAUGAAAUAAACCCUUCAAAGUUCCCUAAAGGUUAUAUACAUGGUGAUAUGAAUGAAUCAAAUAUAUUGGUAGCACCAGAAGAAGGACAGGAUGAUUUACCAACAGAAUGUAAACGUUAUAAAUUUACUGGGGUGAUAGAUUUUCAACAUACAGCCUAUUCUUGUUUUGUCUAUAAUUUAGCUGUUAAUAUCACAUACGUGAUGAUUUUUACCGAUCGUAUCAACCAGCUAGAUGUUCCUGGUCAUAUUUUAGCUGGAUAUUUGAGUCUUCGUCAACUUACAGAAGAUGAAUUCAGCGCACUGAAAGUUUUAUUGGCUGUGAGAAUGUGUCAGUCAUUAGUUUUCGGCGCUCACACUUAUUAUUUAGAUCCCACCAAUGCAUCCGCGUUACACACAUCCAAGAGAGGAUGGUCAUUGCUUUACAAAUUUUGGGCGGAACCGAAAGACAAAUUAGAAAGUAGAUGGAAAAGCAUAAUUAGAAGUUAUCAGCUUCAAAGGUAACCCUUUUGUCUGCUGGUGAUUUUAAAGAUAAGUCUUUAAGAAGCAACAAAUAAACUUAUCUUUUAUGUUUUGCGCAAUAUAGAACGAUUGGUGCUGACUUGCCAUAAAACAACAUUUCAUUGCAUUUAAACUUAUAUUUAUCUGAAAUAAUAACAUUUCUUACGAUCAGAAAAAUCAUAUCAUAGACCUGCACAUUUAUCGAUCUUUUAAUAAAUCAAAUGAUAUAAUAACUAAUGAUUGUAAAUGAUACAUGACCUAAUACAUUAUUCAUUAAUUCUAAAUAAUCGCAAGUUGUAUUUGCUCGGGGAUGGUUGGGAACAAAUGUCCAUGCUGAUUUUGAUGUUCUUUUAUAAGUUAAUCAAAUCAACCUGUCCUUCAUAUGUAAAUAAAUUAAAUCAACCUGUCCAUAAUAUUAGUAAUAUAUAUAUAAUGUAUUAUACGUUAUAUUUCUAAUUAAAAACAAAUAACAUCCGUUUGCCGUUCAGUCUCUGGGUAGAAGCUGGCGGCUGCUUAUAAUUAGUGAGUGGUCGCGAGUUCACAAAGCCUUCUCAGACUUAAGUUAAGAAUUUACGCAACUUUCAAUCACUGUUUAUGAGAAAUAUCUUUGCAUAUAGUUUCUUAGUGAUGAUGUAUUUGAUACAUUAAAACAACAAAAGAUUUAUAAAUUGCUAAAUUUUAGUUAAAAUAAGGCGAACAAUUUGAGUAAAUUCUUAACUUAAGUCGGAAAAAACUUUUUGAACUCGGGGCCGGGUUUAACCUAGUAGUUCCGCAUCUGUAUGGUAAUGUAUAUUACAUGUCUGUAUUCUGUAUGUAUAUAGAUGUUAGUACCUGAUAAUAAA